CAUCAGGCGACCGGCUUGACGAUAAUAGAACGGGAUUUCGAAUAGCUUGGGGAAUUUUAGACUUGUAUACUCUACUUUAGGCCUUUUUUCCACAGUUAACUGUACUAGCAGUCCUUUAUAAAAUGAACGGUUUAAAAGCUGCGUCUCAAUUUAUAAACAUUCUUGUAAAACAACAUGCACAAAUGAUCAGGGUGACCUCUCAUCCUGUGAGGUAUUUCAAAAAAAUUUAUACAAGAACUGGUGAUAAAGGGACAAGUAUGACUUUUACUGGUGUCAGAAAGCCUAAGGAUGACACAGUUUUUCAUGCUCUUGGAUCCACUGAUGAGCUUUCCUCAGCCAUAGGUUUGGCUGCUGAGUAUUGCAAAGAGGCAGGUCAUUCUGUAGAUGAGAAAUUGCAUCUUAUUCAGUGUGUUCUUCAAGAUGUUGGAUCAAAUAUUGCCACCCCAUACAGUUCUGCCAGAGAGGCACAUUUGAAACAAGUUCAAUUUGACAGCAAUAUUAUUAAUGAACUGGAGUCAUGGAUUGAUGAAUUAGAUGCUGAAUUGCCUCCCUUGAAGAAUUUUAUCCUGCCUUCAGGUGGAAAAGCUGCGUGUAGCUUACAUUAUGCAAGAUCUGUCUGUAGACGUGCUGAGAGAUGGAUGGCCCCACUUGUUAGGGACAAAGAAAUUGAUGUGGAAACUCUGAAAUUUGUCAACAGGUUAAGUGAUUACCUUUUCAUGGCUGCCCGAUAUUGUGCUAUGAAAGAAGGCAGGGAGGAAAAGAUUUACACCAGAGUUUCACGCCAGGACCCAAAUGAUAGAUCUGCAAGGAACACAGGAACUUCCAUAGGGAACAUGAUGACAAAGAACUGAGGCCUGACUCUUCUUGGAUGUGGUGUUUGCAGCUUUAUGCAAUCAUCUCUUGCUGCAUGAGGUCAUGAUGGGAGACAACUGGUCAUCAGAGAGAAUUUCUCAUGUUGUGGGAUAUUUAUUUUAGGAACAGCUUGUCAUGUUAGGAUUUGUGACAACCAGGAGUGACUUGUCACACAUUAGGACAUGAUUAUCAGAAACCAUGUGAUAAUCAGAAGCAAUGAAAUGCGAUCAUCUGAUUUAAGGAAAGUAAGGAUCAGUAUCAUCUGAUUGGAUAUAUAACUUAAAGACAUUGUGUCUUGUUAGCGUAAGUGAUUAUAAGACAUUAUGUAUAUGUAUGGUUACCAAAUUUUUCAUUGUGGUAAUGAAUUUGUUUUAUUAUACAAAAACAAAGUAAUGUAUGAAAACCUGAAGUUUAACUACAUACAUGUGAUUAUUUAGCCAAGUGCACAUUUAGUCAAAACACAGUUAUUUUGUGUAACCAUUGCUGUCAACAUUUUUUUGUGUGUAAAACAUAGUAGUAGGGUAGACCAGAAAAGUUUUUUUUUAAAUUGAGUGGUGUUUAAUCUGCAAUUUUUUUCGCAUUUGGUUGUGUGUGUUGUUUUUUUUUUUACCAUUGAGUAAAUUACAAUGCAGUCUUUAACUAAAUUAGUAUUACUUUAGAAUACUUUAUCUGGCUCAUGCUUAAAUUUAAAUACUAUAUUUAACUAAUUUAUGUCUAUCUCAUUUAUAUGCUUUUGCAUCUUAACAUUUAUUUAAUCCUAUAUUUCUAAGAUUUUAAUAUGUAAGAAUGUUUGAAAUAUUAGAUCUCCAGGCAUGGCAUGGCUGAAUAAAAAGGGUAGUUAUCAAGUCCAUUUCAAAUUUUUGAUAGAUGAAUAGAUGUUGUAAUUAAAAAUGAUAGUCUAAAUUUUCAUUUAAUUCAUUGUAAAAAUAUACAUAAUACAGUUAAUAUAAUGUAAUUAUGAAAAAUAGACUUGUAUUAAUUUAAGAAAAGUAAAUUAUAAUCCUGAUGGCCUCAUUGGUUGUAAAAUCAAAUUUUUUAUUCUCUCCACAACCAAAUUAUGGCAUGCUUUAAUAUAUUUGCCUUUUUCCCAUCAAUAAACAGAUUUCGACAAACAUUAUUAUUAUUUUAACUGUCGCUUUAAUUUAUAUCAUAUAUUCUUUACAUAGAUUUCUGUUUUGCUUUUUCUAUUUUCAUAAAAACAUUUUUAAAUAGUUCAUUAUUUAUUUGCUAAAUAUGCACAUUUUUAAUAAAUUGAUCUUGCACAAAAAAUCCAUUCCAUAUCAUAUUACUUACUCUGACUUUUCAAACCACAAAUGAAACUUAAUGUAACUACAUAAUUUUUAUUAAUUUUCUAUAUUAAUGUUAAAGCCUAUAAAAAAAAAUAGAUAAACAUGAACCAAAUAUUUUCUAAAUUUUUAGUCAUGACAAGCUAAAGUUUCUCAAUUGUAUAUAAUGUGCAUUUGUGUUCUUAAAAUAAUAAAGAUUAUUGUAUCUUUAAGUUUUGUUUUAAGAAUUAAAAUGUGUGUUGAAAACUAUUGCCACUUUUAUAUAUUUUCUAUAUCUCAAAGUGCAUUUAACAGAAAAUAUUUUUUCUUUGCCUCUGCCGCCUUAAGUGUUUUUUUUUGUGUUUGGUAAAGAUGGUUUUUAUUUUUGAAGUUUUUAAAUACGAUUUACAUUUAUCACAGAAAAUAGUAUUUUUUGAAAUACGUCCAGUAAUUUUCUAAGAAACUUGAAUAAACAUCUA